GAGAGAGAGAGAGAGAGAGAGAGAGAGAGAGAGAGCUGUGGAUAAACUUGCAAGAAACGGAGCAGAGAAAAGCUCCGCAAAACAAGAGUGCGGCUGCGGCAGCUCGGCUGGUUGCGUCGUUGCGGGUAGAGGAGCUUGUUGCGGAUUACCACAAUGAUUGCUACAACUCAACAAAACAUGACCACGGAGCUGGACCUGGGGAGUACGGACGGUCCCCCGCGGAACUGGAAGGGCAUCGGGAUUGCCAUGGUGGUGAUCCUGGCCGUCAUGUCUCUGGUCAUCCUGUCCGUCUUCCUCCUCACGCCUGACGAGUCCCGCUUGUUGCUCCAUUCCCAUGUGACCAUGGAGGAUCUGGAGAGGGAAGACUUCAAAGUUCAUGACCCCUCUGUGGAAUGGCUAAACGAGAACGAAGUGGCCCUGCGCACCAGAGAAGGACAUGUUCUGACAUUCAGCCUCAACAACAACCUGACCACGACUCUGCUGGACAACUGCUCACUGGACCUGACCUCCACUAAGUUCCAGGUGUCUGCAGACAAGUCGUUUGUCCUUCUGGCGUAUAACAUCCGACCGGUCUUUUCUCAGUCCUUCACAGCCUCCUUUGCUAUCUACAAUGUGGCUAAUGGGGAACUUCUGGAGCUCAACCCCCCUGAAGGGAAGGGAUCAGAGCUGCAGUACGCUUCCUGGGGACCACAGGGGAACCAGCUGGCCUUCGUGUUUGAUGGAGAAAUUUACUACAAGCCUGGUGUGAUGAGCAAACCUCUCCGUCUGACGUCCACUGACCGGGACCAGAAGAUGGUGAACGGACUCUCUGACUGGAUAUAUGAAGAGGAGGUGCUUUUGACUUACGCUGCCCACUGGUGGUCCAACGAUGGCGCACGGCUGGCAUACCUCUGCAUCAACAACUCUGCCACACCUGGGAUGGAAAUACCUCACUUCCUAGGUGGCCUGUAUCCCUCCAACAUGCUGUUCCCCUACCCAAAGGCUGGCUCUAGCAUCCCAUCAGUCAGUCUGUUUGUAGUGAAUCUGUACGGUCCAGCUCACACUCUGGAGAUGCUGCCUCCCGACUCUCUCAGGGCCAGAGAAAGCUACAUCUCCAUGGUGACUUGGAUCAGCAGCACCCGACUGGCGGUGCGCUGGCUUAACCGGGCCCAGAACCAAUCAGUGCUGUGUGUGUGCGAGGCCACCACAGGGGCAUGCUCAGAGAAACACAAAAUGACCUUGGACAUAAUGUUAAACCAGCGACAGGACGUCCCGUUGUUCACCGCCGACGGCUCUGCCUUUUACACCAUUCUGCCCGCAAAGCAAGGAGCUCGAGGAGAGUUUCACCACAUCGCUUGUCUCGCCGCUCAGCCCGCCAUCCCCUCUGUCCCUCCUCGCUUCCUGACAUCGGAGAGCUGGGACGUCACCUCGCUGUGUGCCUUAGACGAGAAGGCUGGAAAAAUAUAUUUUCUGAGCACAGAAGAGUCCCGACAGAGCCAGCACCUGUACAGUGUGGACCUGAAAGGAGUGUCCCGGCCUCGUUGUAUCUCAUGUAACCUCAUUGAUGGAUGUAGCUUCUUCAAAGCUGUUUUCAGCCCCAAUAUAACUCACUUCAUCCUCUACUGUUUGGGCCCAGGGAUCCCUAAGGUGUCGGUUCACAGCACCAAGGACCCCUCCAGAUAUGUGAUCAUGGAGGACAACAGCCCUCUGGCUAAAGCCCUGGAGGACAAGAGGCUCCCUGAGACUCUGUUCAGGACAGUCCAGGCGGACAACCAUGAUCUGCACCUGAAGCUCUCGCUACCCCAGGGCUACGAGGCCAACCUGCUCCCACUCCUCAUCAUUGUGGACGGCACCCCCGGGAGUCAGUCUGUGACAGAGGAAUUCUCCCUCAACUGGCCUCAGGUCCUCUGCAGCACACACAACGUGGCUCUGGCCUGGGUGGACGGCAGGACCGGGGUGGGGCGGGGACAGAAGACCGUCGCCGUUGAUCCACGGAAGCUUGGCUCGCUGAGGGUCAAGGAUUAUCUUGGAGUUGUGGAGUUGUUGAUGCGACUUCCAUACAUCGAUGAUCGAAGGAUAGCCCUCUAUGGAAAGGCGUUUGGAGGUUAUUUAACUCUCAAAAUGUUGGCUGCUACAAACCAGCUGUUUCAGUGCACGGCAGCUGUUGCACCAAUAACAGAUUUCAGGCUGUACAGUGCUGCCUUUUCAGAAAGGUACUUUGGACUCCCAGCAAAGGAGGAGCAUGCUUACUCGACUGCUUCUGUCCUUGAGGAGGUUAACAAGUUAAAAGAUGAAAACUUCCUUAUUGUACAUGGAACAGCAGAUGCCAGGGUCCACUUCCAGCACAGCGCUGAGCUGUUGAGCCGGCUGGUGAAGGCGGAGGCCAACUACUCCCUGCAACUGUACCCAGAUGAGGGCCAUGUCCUGAGAGAGCUCCACAGCAUCCAACACUUUCAGCGGACAGUUGUGAACUACCUCCAGACCUGCCUGAAGCACAGCGUCCUUCUAGAGCUUCCAGAAGAAGAAGAGGAGGAAGAUGACUGAGGCCAGAGGCCAUCCCUUUCCCUUAUUCAGAAAGGGCUUUUGGAAAGGACUUGAAUGCCAUGUUAUGCAUUACAGUGGGUCAGUUUACCAGGCACAAGAGCAAAGGAGUGGGGACCAAAACCAUGAGAUCACCUCCUGUAACGUCUGGAGAAAGUGGUGUACUAUAAAAUGUGACGCACACAAUGUUUUUCUGCUGUUUUAUUGUAUGUCAAGAGGUUCCGUUUGUUUACAAAAUUCACCUGAGGAUGUGGACCGGAUGGCCAGGCCACCGAUUCUCCAAAACGUUUACAAAGAUUUCAAAGCAUGCACGUCAUCAUGGCUGCAUGAUCUUUGCAUUUUGGGGAUUUUUUUUAAAGGUUUUGCAUUUCAUCAACAACGUUCAAAAAGGGACAAAGUCUGCCCACAGCCAACAAAAUGUCUGCAGAUUUUGCAAAUAAAUUUAAAGAAUAAAAGAUGCACAAUCACAUUUAUUGACUGCAUAAAUAUCUGAUGUUUUCCAAACAGAUUUCAGAAUAAAUCAGCUAUAAAACCCAAUAAUGUUUUUACCAUUACAAAAUCUAAUAUUUAAGAUGCUCUGGGGAUAAGAAGUGGAUUGCAACUUUUACAAUACUGUGUUUAUUGGUCGCUGGCCUCUUCAUUCCUGCAUGAAGUAAAAAUUGAACACAGUUAUUUUCAUAGCUUGUACCUGGCUUCUACAGAGUUAGAAGAAGCUAUGGAAAAUUCAAAUGUGCCAAAAACAUUUUGUGGAUUUAAUCCACUGGUUUUGUUUGCAUUGUAUGACUAACAAUGAGUAUGCAACUGAGACUAUUUAUACCACUCUCCAACUCAAAAGUGAUUGCAAGAACUUGUAGGUGUCUGUGUACUAUAUUUAGACGUAAUACUUCUGUUUUGAUACAUUGUGGCAUUUCAAUUAUAUGUUGUGAAUUGUAGAAUUAAAUCACUUCUUUGGACAAAAUGUUCAGACAUUAUGUAAUACGUUUGUAGAGCUGCUUAGCAAAGACUCUCGUGCAUGGAGAUGGUUUGAAAAAAAUGCAGCUAACUACAAACAACCAGCUCUUUCCCCUACAAUCAUUUGAAAUAAAAGGUGAAAGUUUGUUUUACCAAAAAAAA